GGACGUGCAAUAUGAAGACGCGCACGUCUGGUUGAAAGCCGUUACAGCUCUCGCAACCGACUUUCCCGCGAAGCAGAGAGAGAGAGAGAGAGGGAGAGAGAAAGAAGCCAUUUUCAGAGAUAGAGAGAGAUCAGAGAGAGAGGGAGAGAGAGAGAAGCACAGAAAUCUCUUCAAUUUCUUUCUCUGCCCGUCUUUCCCCAGUUUCUCUCUCGCAGACAUUCUCUGAUUCCCUUUCCUGGAUCAAUCUCGAUUGCGCCGCUUUGGAUUUCGGUUGGCUACAAAUCCAUUCAGGGCUUCUCUUAUAUGUGAUUUAUUGAAUCCAGCUAGUUGUCGAGAUUGCUCCGCCUGACAAUUGAACUAUGUUCUGCUGCGGAGGUGGGGAAGAAGAAGACUACGGAGUGCCUGUGAACCAAUACACAGACCCACCUAAAGGGGGGAAUACUUAUGGUGCCGGAAGUGGAAGAGGAGAGCCAAGGAGUCAUGCUGCUGUACGAAGUGGUCCUCCGAAGGUUUUACAUAUUGAGACACCAGCUUUGUCACUUAAUGAGUUAAACAGGUUGACCAGUAACUUUGGAUCAAAAGCUUUGAUAGGGGAAGGUUCAUAUGGGCGGGUUUUCUUAGCAAAACUAGCCAGUGGCCAGCAGGCAGCAAUCAAGAAGCUUGACACUGGUUCUUCACCUGAGCCAGACAAUGAAUUUGAAGUUCAGUUAUCAGUAGUGUCAAGGCUUAAGCAUGAGCAUUUUGUGGAGUUAUUGGGCUACUGCCUGGAGGCAAAUAAUCGAAUCUUGGUGUAUCAAUAUGCGACGAUGGGCUCUUUGCAUGAUGUAUUACAUGGAAGGAAAGGUGUACAGGGGGCUGAACCAGGUCCAGCUCUCACCUGGAAUCAGAGAGUUAAAAUUGCUUUUGGUGCAGCUAAAGGACUAGAGUAUCUACAUGAAAAAGUUCAACCUCCUAUUGUUCAUCGCGAUGUCAGAUCAAGCAACGUCCUGUUGUUUGAUGAUUUUUUGUCGAAAAUAGCUGAUUUCAACUUGACGAAUCAGUCUUCUGACACAGCAGCUCGACUGCAUUCCACAAGGGUCUUGGGGACAUUUGGCUAUCAUGCCCCAGAGUAUGCCAUGACAGGGCAGAUAACUCAGAAAAGCGAUGUCUACAGUUUUGGGGUUGUUCUUCUUGAACUCUUAACAGGGAGGAAGCCAGUGGACCAUACAAUGCCGAAGGGACAACAAAGUCUUGUUACUUGGGCAACUCCAAGAUUGAGUGAGGACAAAGUGAAGCAGUGUGUGGAUCCAAAGUUAAACAACGAUUAUCCACCAAAAGCAAUUGCCAAGAUGGCAGCAGUUGCAGCACUUUGCGUUCAAUAUGAAGCAGACUUUCGGCCAAAUAUGACGAUUGUCGUCAAGGCUCUCCAGCCACUUCUUAACUCAAAACCGGCAGGGCCAGACACUGGUGCAUCAUAGUACACACAUAUGUAAUGGAAAGAAACAACAAUAGGACCAAAGUUUUGCAUCUUCAGACUCUUCUGUCCUAUUGUGGGAAGUUCUUGUGUUAAUUGUUCUGCAUUACAGCAUGGUUCAGGGAAUAGUUUGGUAAUACCUGAUUCAAUAAUCCCCUGGAUUAUUGUAUUCCCCUGGAAGAAACAUCUUGAGUUUACUGAAACAGCCCACUCCAUUGUGGUCAGCUGUAUUAGAAGUAGUGAUGAAAUGCUUCCUCAUCUGUGAAACAACAGGCAAAGUAGCUUUGGAAAUAAUGAAUUUGUUUGGUUAAGGUCUCAAGAAAAAGAAAAGACUUGGGAGGAGGCAUUUGUUGAAUUGGUUCUAGAAAAUACUUUCAGAAAUUUUGUUAGUACUCUCUUUAACUACCUUGCAAUACACCACCUUAUGAAGGUUUGAUUGGUAUUUGUUUGUCAAUCUAACUGCAUGACAAAGAUGUUGCCUGCCUAUUACUAGUAUUUUGUCCAUGAAACUACCCAUG